ACAUGAUCUGUCAAAAUCCUCAAAACGAGAAUAUUCAUAAGAGCCGAUUCUCUUUAAGUUUGGACUCUAAUUCUCCUAACGACAUUGCAAAAAGACAAUCAUAUCAACAAGAUAAAUUAUUUCCAAUGGAUACCACAACAAUAAAAAGCCGUGCAGAAUCGGGUAUCCUCUACAACGAACAACAAUCUAAUAAAAAAGAAAGUCAUUGGGACAAGAUUGAAUCGUACUAUGUAGCACGAUUAGACGCACUGGCUAAAGAUAUUGAAUCUUCCACUUUGCACAAUCACAAGCUUUCGGCUGCUCGCGAUGAAUUAUUAGCCGACAUUUUAAAACUGCACCAAAAAUCUAUGGAAUUGAAUCAAAAGAACGAAUGCUUAAUCAGAUCCAUUGCUGAGAAAGAAAAUCAUAUCAGCGCCUUCAUGUAUAACGAGCCAUCUUCAGUAGCCGCAGUAACACCUGUUGGCGUCACUUUAUUUGACCAGCCAUAUACAUUACCUCCUCCUCCUGCCGCCGCCCCUUCUUCUUCUACUACUGCUUCUCCUAUCUCUCCUAUCGCUGAUUCUACUUGUGCACCUAUGGAACAGUCCACACCACCAGUAACACGAAUUCAUGUGCCCAAGAAAGAGCCUGGCAUCUUUAGACAAAUCAGCCUAAGAUUAUCAAACCGAAAGCGAAGACAGCAUGAUGAUACAGCUACUUCUUUAAACAUUUCUGACCCCAUCAGUUCAGUGAGACAGAACGAUUCGAUGAUUACACCAGUUGCAUCAUCAUCUGAACCACUGUUGCAUCCUGCUGCAGUGGUCACAUCGGCAGUGGAUAACAAGAAAAAAAAAUUAAUAUUUGGAAAUGAUCUUAUUGAACAAGCGAAAUCCGAAAAUUCCGUGAUUCCAUCCGUGGUGUUAAAAUGUGUACGAGAAGUUGAAUCGCGAGGCAUAUCUGCGGAAGGUAUCUAUCGAAAAUCAGGCACGUUUGGACAAGUGCGAGAACUGCAAGAGGCAUUUAAUGAGAAUAAGAACCCAAAGUUAUCACAGUACCAAGACAUUCAUGUUAUCGCGACCUUAUUAAAACUCUAUUUCAGAGAAUUAGCGUCACCUCUCAUUAGCAAUGACUUCAUUUUACCACCAUCAUUAAGCUCGCAAGAAAGGUUAAACAAGACGUACGCAUUACUUCAUAAUAUGCCAAUUGAACCUUAUUGUACCAUCAAGUUUUUGGUGCAACAUUUAAAAAAGAUUCAUCAAAACCAUGCGAUCAAUAAGAUGACAUCCAAGAAUAUCGCGGUGGUUUUCGGUCCCACUCUCAUGAAAUUCGUUGCAGGCAAUGAAGAACAACAAAUGCGAGAUAUGAUUAAUACGGUGGAUUUUAUUAUUCUUCAAAGCCAUAUCUUGUUUGCCGAUUACUCAUAAAUCUCUUUAUUUUUUGUACAUUUAUUCAUAUAUAUACCCCUUUCCUACUUCCUACAUCGGUUUAAAUAAAAUACAAUUAACUUUCA